AUGAGAGAUGAUAAAGAGAUGAAUGUGCAAAUCAACGAAUAUAAAAAAGUGCUAGAAGACUUGAAGGCCGAUGGGAUGUCUUUACCAGAAAAGUUUGUUGCGGGAGUACUAAUUGAAAAGCUGCUUGACUCAUGGAGUGACUAUAAGAACAAAUUAAAGCAUAAACAGAAAAAUUUCACUAUUGAGAAAAUUAUAACCCACAUCCUAAUUAAUGAUUCCAACAGAAAAGAAUCUGCCAAAGCUCAGAUGACAACUCUUAAAGCAAACCUAGUUCAAAGUAGUAGAAACAACCGCAAAAAGUAUGAGAAUAAGUCUCAAGGUUACAAGCCCAAAAAUCCUAACCUUAAGAGAAAAAAAGGCUCUUGUUUUGUUUGUGCAAAACCAUGCCAUCAUACCUCACAUUGCAGGUAUAAAGGAGAUAAAGGAAAAACUAAUACUCUUAAGAAUAACUUAGCUGAAGGAGGUGAUAUUAUUGCGACAUUCAUUUCUCAAGUAAAUAUUGUAGCAAAUGCAAAAGAAUGGGUGGUAGACUCUGGGGCUACUCGGCACUUUUGGGCAUAUCGAGAAGCAUUUUCUUCUUAUACUCCAAUAGAGGAUGAUAAAGAAGAGGUCUACCUUGGAGACUCAAGUACUACCAAAGUCUUGGGUAAAGGUAAAGUUCUCCUGAAACUCACUUCGAGAAACACUUUAGCCCUUGUUGAUGUACUACAUGUUCAUACUAUGAGGGCAAACUUGAUCUAUAUAUCCUUGUUUGGAAGUGUCAUUUGA